AUGGCGACCAGCGCCCCUCUGCUGGGCAAGCAGGGCAAGGCCGCCCACAGCAAGGCAUCGAUCUUCUAUGGAGCAGACGAGUACCUUGAGGAGCUGAGUAAGUGUCUAUUGGAGCUUAAGAAGAAGUACGAGCACGACCACGAAAUUGCUGCCCUCAAGAAUGCGCUGCCGGGCGAGGGAGAUCCUAACGCGGCAGGCGUUGCCCAGAGCAACGACAAGAUGCUCUCCGUUCAGAAGAACGACGAGAACAGGAGCUUGAAGACCAAUCGGCUCUUCCCGACUCCGAACAAGCCAGACCCGAUGCCGCAGAACUUGGCAUUCCUCUUCACCAAGAUCACGCCGGACCGGGAUGCUGCGCUUGUUCAUAAGUUUGAGUGGAAUGUACUUACGGCAAUUUUCUUUACCCAAGUGUUGAUGGUGAUCGGCUACUGUGCAGCAUUGGCUUGCUUUCCAGACUACUGGUGGACCUGCACGCUUUGCUUCGGGAUCCCCUUCUCGUACAUCGCCAUCCAGAACAUCUACAUCGAUCACGAUGUGAUGCAUGGUGCCACUUUCCCGGUGUACGAGUGGCAGCGUUUUUUGACCCACCCAUUUGCUGACUUCUUCAGCUUGCCGUGGGAGGAAUUCGUCCUCGAGCACAACAGGCACCAUGCCUCAACUGUGGACUUGCUGAUCCAGGGUGAGUUCGGCUGGGACCCCGAGGAGUUCCACUACGCCCUGCAGCAGUGGGCCGGGCCAUGGAGCUCCAACUGGUACAAGUACCUGCUCACCGUGCCUUUCAUCCCUGUGAUCCACUUCUUUGGCCUGAACGACACCGGCUCCCUGUUCGCCUUGGAGUGGUGGAUGCACUUUCCCGACGAGGGCCACCUCAUGGCGCCGGUCAUGUUUCUUGCUUCCAUGCAGAGUCUCUUCACGCUGAGGUUUUGGAGCAAGUGGAUUCCACGCCGCGUCAAGCACAAUGCCUUCGUGCUCUCCCUGUGGGCGUGCGUGUGGCUGCUCGGCACUUACCCUCUGGGACGUCCUCUGAGCGAGGGCUGGCGGUUUAUGUUCACCGUGUCCGUCUUCGCUCGCAUCGGCUACUCCGCGGCCUGGAUGUUCAUCACCAACUUCACUCAUAGCUUGCCUUGGAACGAGUUCCUGGCACAGGAUCCGGGCCGCACCUGGCCUGUCCUUCACAACGUGAUGGCCAUGGUCCUUGGAGGAAAGCACCGCUGGAACGAGAUGCUCUUCCACGAUGUCCAUCAUGCGUUCCCAAAUGCUGUCGGCACGCUGAGCCAGCGCGGCCGCUUCCACGGCUGGGAGAAGGUUCAUGAUGCAGCUGCAGAAGUCCUUCACCGUGGGCUUUGGAAGCCCAAUGGUGAUGAGGAAACCCAGAUGCAGAAGACGCAGAAGAAGCGCUCCUUGAUGAUGAAGCAGGGCAAAUGA